AUGCGUAAGAGUAUCUCGAUCGAUUGUAUCCUCACAGCGAUUCGACGCCCCAAAGCCGAAGGGCUGAAGAUCACAAUCUACGAACGACAGGAUGGACCUGGUGGUGUCUGGGACUUCACCGCGAAUCCCGAUGACCCCCUGUCAUCGCCCAUGUACGGCAGCUUCGAGGCCAAACUUACCUGCGAGUUGAUGGCACUCUGUGCUUUUCCGUAUGCUGGAGGCUUGUUGUUUCCAGAACGUGAUGACGUUGAGCAGUGUCUUGGAGAUCACAGCGAGGGUCUCGAGGUGGACGCAUUCUGGCCUCCAAACGAUGAGCUCGUUGGCCCCGUUAAGACCCUUCACCGCAAGCAGAGACGAGUCCAGCUCGGCGCCACGGGGGCCGCAGAGGUUGGCCACAUCAUCUUCUGUACCGGGUUUCAGUACACAACACCAUUUCUGUGCGAGGGAAAGCUUGUUGGAACACAUCUCUUUCCCGACGGCUCCCACGUCGAGGAUCUGGACGAGCACAUGUUCUAUACCAAGCGAGCCAGUCUGAUCUCCCUGGGGGUUCCCAGGACCACGCCGGCUUUCAUCGUCUCUACGUCGGCCAACUCGAGGAACGGUGUCUGGAGGCAGAUGUCGCAAAUGCAGAUGUGCCUGCUGGAAAUGAACCCUUCAGGUGGAAUGACAGAAUGA